GAAACAUGGUCACGGGACCAGCCAUCCCUUUGGUGAUUGGCGUUUUGCUUUGUGACAUAGAUGACGUUUGUGUUGUGAUCUAGUGAUGGGCAAUACGGUUCGAAAUAGGAAAGGAUUCGCGGUUGUAGGGGUGCUUUGAAAUAGUACUAAAAAUAAUGCAUUGGCAGCUAUUACUAUGCCUUCGAUUUGGUUUUUGAGUAUCAUACUUUGUACAAGAAUAUUGACAAAAUCUUAUUGAACAUCAGAUUUUAACAUCGAACGUCAGCCCAUCUUUGGUAGAUCGAGGUUGAGUCACCAAAAGUGACAGUGACAGAUGUGUCAGUGCUCAUCCACCUCACCUGAAGAUUAACGGAUUCUCUCACUUUGAUAUAUUUCAUCUGAUUCAAGUAGCAUUUGUGGAUAAUAAAAACUAUAUAGUUCCCUUGGAUUGUGCCGCAUUUAGCUGAUUUUGUACUAUAACAAAAAAUGGCCGAUCCUAAAUACGCUGACCUACCUGGAAUAGCCCAUGAUGAGCCAGAUGUAUACGAAACCACAGACCUCCCUGAAUCUGAGCAAGCUGCAGAUUUCUAUGAAGAUGAGGAAGACCCUGUGGAAAGGAUUCAUAUCUCUAGUGAUGAUGCAUUCAAAAAGUUCAAAGACAAGUACUUGAGUGCUGAGAAUAUUGAUUUCUCUUCAAGAAUUCGUAGCAGAAGAUGUACUGGUUAUGAUGCUAGACAUGGAGAUUGGGAACUAGUGGGUCCUGGAGAAAAAGAGACCCCAGUACAAAAGUACAAUAGAUUACAAUGUGAGAUGAGAGAACUCCUUGAAGAAGUGAAAGAUUUAGAAAACAAUAAAAAGGGAGAAGAUGCAGAUUGUGUAGUAUCCACAACAAAAGUAGAGCAAGCAUUGAAGCAACUAGCAGAUCUGAAGUUAGAAGAAACACUAGGAGAGGAGAUUGUUGCCCAAAUAUCUGAUCCACAGGGCGCUGAAGUCAAGAAAUUAAUAUCACAAUUGGAGCAGUUCAAGGCAAGUAUCCAUGAGAAGCCAGAGUCUGAAUCACAAUCUGAAGCUGAUGGAAUUGUGUACCAGUUCAGCUACAGGCCUGAGCAGGCACGACUUGCUCAGACAACAAGAUUGGCAGAGCUAGAGAGUAGAUUGAAUCGCUUAGAAACUGUGCUGGGCUGCUCUACUGACAAACUAUCUAGGUUAACAUCAGCAACUAAAAAAGGAAGCUUGAUGGAAGUAGCGGAACAGCUAAGUGCUACAGCCAGUAUGUUAGACUCAUCUCAGUUAGAUCAUAUUGAAGGUAGACUAGGAGCAUUGGCGCAAAAGUUGGAAGGCAUCACAGAGAAAAAGAAGCAGGUUCAACAGGAUGAUGAAAAGGAUAAAAUGAUAUUGGAGCUAUUUGAACUAGUGAAGAAAAAUGAAGCCACUCUUGCAUCAAUUCCACAAGUGAUUAACAGACUCAAAUCACUAAAUGAACUUCAUAGUAAAGCUACAGAUUUUGUGAAGACCCUGACAGAAAUCGAAGUGGCACAAGCAGAAAUCACUGGCAACAUUGAGAACAAUAAAACGUUGCUAAAAGGUGUGCAAGAAAGCUUUGCAACUAGUCUUAAUGAGAUUAAUUCUACUGUGCAAAAUCUGGAUUCUAGGAUCAAAGCUUUAAAGAAAAAAUAAGUUAAUUGUAGGCAAGAUUGCAAUAUUUCAUUCUAAUUAUUCUUUUUUUACACAAGCUUCUCUAUAAUACACUUGCAUUGAUAUUGGUAUGUCUACAUAACUAAAUAAUGCUAUACAUUUGAAAUAAAUAUAUUUAUUAUUGUA